UGAUUUUGCAUUUCCGGGCAGGCGCCUGUGUGUAAACAACACAGAUCUCUCUCCUGCCAGCAGUAACAUGCUGCUGUGUACUUCUUUGCACAGCAGAGAAAGACACAGUAGCAUGUUUACAUAGUAAAACACACACACAGCACAUACAGUAAAACACAGCACACAGUUAACCCUUUGAUCGCCCCCGAUGUUAACCCCUUCCUGCUCAGUGCCAUUAGUACUGUGUCUGUGCUUAUUAUUAGCACUGAUCACUGUAUUGGUGUCACUGGGGAUGUCAGUGGCAUUUAGUCAGUCCCCCCACAGUGUCAGAAUGCCCGCCGCAGUCCCGAUAUAA